GCGAAGGAAUCUGGAAUAAAAUCAGACCCAUUUUACUUGGGGCCCGACAGGAAACGAUUGCGAUGGAAGGAAAGAAUAAAGAAAAAGAGGAAAGAAUAACACGGAGCAAAAAAAAAAAAAGAUCGGCUACGUAGCUUUGAGCAAGAGACAUGAAAGAGAGAAGAAAAGGAAGGAAGGAAAGGAAAGAAGGAAGGAAGGUAUGGAUUUGAGAAAGAACAAGAUUUUGCAAGACGGGAAAAGAGAAGGAGGAAGAUGUUAGUGCCAGUACUAAAUUGCUGCGACUGAGAGAGAGGAAAAGAGGCACGCAGAGCUGUGAUCCCGACACUCAAGACUCUUGUUUCGUCUCCUAAUUCGGUGCAGUGUUUCCUUGGUUUCCUCCUCCAGCCUCCCUCCCCCCCCACCCUUCCUCACCACGUCAUUCAGAAGCCAGUGACGUAGGGUUCCCCCAAGCCCGUGGAAGCGGGGGGGAGCUGGCUCUGGCAACCCUCUCCCUCCAUUGAUCUGAACAAGUCUUCCCGCCCCAUUUUCCUUAAUAUGCCAGUGCCCACACUCCCAACCGCCUAUAAAAGAUGGAAAGCAGGCAUCUUCGACAGAUCCACAGGCAGGCAUCCGAGAGAGAAAGAGAGAGAAGGAGAGAGAGAGAGAGAGAGAGAGACGGAGGCGGCUGAGCUGCGCGGAUCUUCUUCCCAGCCAAGAUGUACCGGUCCACGAAAGGAGCCUCCAAGGCACGGCGCGAUCAAAUCAACGCGGAGAUUCGACAUCUCAAGGACCUGUUGCCGAUUGCCGAAGGAGAUAAACUUCGGCUCUCUUAUCUCCACAUCAUGUCGCUGGCUUGCAUCUACACUCGGAAAUCCAUCUUCUUCUCCAAAGGUGAGACUUUGGAAGGCCUGGAGGGCUUGCUUUCUUCCCUGGACUUAGACGAUUUCAUGCAGACCCUUCCCGGUUUCCUUUUGGCGUUCACGGGCGAAGGCAAACUCAUCUAUGUGUCGGAGAGCGUGGCUGAGCACUUGGGACAUUCUAUGGUGGAUUUAGUGGCCCAAGGAGACAGCAUCUACGACAUUAUUGAUCCAGCAGAUCACUUUGUGAUGAAGACUCAGUUGGCGUUGCCUUCUCCAUUAAAUACCGAACGCCUCUUCCGUUGUCACUUCAACACUUCCAAGACAAUCCGGCGUCAAAGCGCAGGAAAUAAGCUGGUUCUGAUUCGUGGACACUUCCACCAACCUCCUCCAGGUUCUUAUUGGUCCACCAAUCCUGUCUUCACGGCCUUCUGCACUCCUCUAGAUCCUAAGCCCAGAAUGGGUCAGAAUUCGUUCUUCCUCUCCGCUUUUGAGAGUCGCCACACAAAAGACCUGGCCAUCGUAGAUAUCUCUGAAAGCGUGAUCUUCCACCUGGGCUUUGAGAAAAGCGAGCUCUUCUGCAAAUCAUGGUACGGCUUGAUCCAUCCUGAAGAUCUCAGCCACGCUUCAGCCCAGCAUUACCGACUGCUCGGUGAUCAAAGCAACGCGCAAACCGAAAUGGUGAUCCGUCUCCAAGCGAAAGAUGGCGUAAGCUGGAUCUGGAUCUACUCGCUGCUUCGCUUGGAGAAUGCAGAGACUCCCAUCGUUUCUCACAACUACGUCAUCAGCGAUUCCGAAGCCUGGUGCCUGAAGCAGCAAAUCUCCGCCGAAGGAUCCCAAGGCCCGUACGCUCUUGAAAGUAGCACCACCUUCUUGGAAACUCUUCUGUCUCCUGGACAACUGUCCAGUCCUGAUCAAGUCUUCACGCCCAUAGCUGGCACUCCCACCGCCACUCUUGUGGCCCCGACAUUCGACUUCAGCACCACCGGGGUCCCCGAAGGCCCUACAGCGUUCGGCGAGCCUCCGGAAGGCCUUCCUGAAGAGAUGAUGGAACCUGGGAAUAUCUCCUCCAUCGAGGACGCCCCGCCAGGUUCCUCCCUCAGCCUGCUGGUCAAAGAGCCUGGCUACGGGUACGUCAUCCUCCCGCCAGGACGUUACGGACCGACGUUUGCAAGCGAGAAGCCCAGCGGCAAAUCUGCAUCCAAAGAUUUGCUCUGCACCCCUCCUUACACCCCUCACCAGAGUUCGUCUUUCCUCUUUGGAGCCCAGGAGCUUUACGGAGCCCACGGUGGAGGCGGCCCCACGGCCUUGCCAUCGGGGACGGCGGCUUCCGGUGCCAACUCUCCCGCCAGUCUCGCCGCUGUGACCGAGCUGUUCUACGCCCAAGAACCCUGCAAUGUUCUCUAUGAGAAACUCCCCCCGACGCCGGAUAGCCCCGGUAACGGGGGCUGCGCCGUCAUGAGCUUACCGGAGAUCCGAGGUCCCCUCUACGUUGAUGUGCCUAUGGUACCCGAAGGGAUCUUGACUCCGGAGGCUUCGCCCAUCAAGCAGACUUUCUUCCGAUAUUCCGAGAAGGAGAAGAACGAAAUCGAACUGCUGGCUCAGCAGAUCUGUAGCCUGGCGGAGACUUUCGGUUCCGCCACUUCCCAAGAACUCGCCGAAGACGGCGCUGGGACUCUCCGAGAGGACGCGCCGUGCCCCGGCCCUGAACUGUCUCCCGCGCCCGAACCUUGCCCGGAUUUCCAACUGCCCAAAACCUGGAGGAGCGUCGACUUCUCUCUCUUGACCUGCCUGGAGGAAGACAACCUCCUGGAAGAAAACGCUCUUGAGACCCUCCUACAAGACCUGUCGACCUUUCUCUUUGAGAAAGGGGGGGCAGGGAUGAGGUGCCCCCGCCACCAGUUCUGCGGUGGCGACGUCAGUAGUCCAAUCGGCUUGGACACCGAAGAUAGUAGCCCAGGAGCCUUCGCUCCCUCGCCAAGGAUGGACUUAGCUCCAGAAGAGCCAUGUUUUUUGGAAGACCUGACUGCCUUCGAAACAGCCUUUGAGACACGUGCCUCAAACUCUCCCUCUAAGGGGUUAGAUGAGUUGUAUCAACUCCAGAGCCAAAGUCCGAGAGGCUUCCAAGAAGAUGGAAGCGAAAACGAUCCUUCAUUUUGAAAUAAGUCUGUGACUUACUUGCUCCACGUAUGGCAUAUUGUCAUAUCUUUAAGAAGCUACAUCCACCAAGAAUUUUCCCCAACCCUCCGGAAGUAUCCUGCGGAUUUAAAAACAAAAAACCCUGCAAAACCCUGCACCCAACAGUUUCCGUUGGAGGGGUUUUUGGCAGGGGAAAAAAAAACACUUUUUUUUAUUAAAAAAAAAGGAAAGACAAGAAAAGAAAAACAAGCAAACCAUAGAUCUUGAUUCUGAGAUGUCGGUGUGAGACUAGUUACUCAGAGCUAAGGGAAGGACUUGUUGUAAGUGGAUUCACACAUGCUAUCGUAUUCACUCGUAGUGAGAAAACCUCUAUGUAAUUUACUAAGAAAUACCAGAGGGGGGGGGGGCUUUGGGCCCAACGGCUCCUUAAAUCAUGAUUUAACGCCAAGUUGGAGCAAAGCCUUUUGCACCUUUGGGGGAUUUGUUUCCUCGUCCGGUCACUUAAUCUUUCGCCCCUGCUCCCUGGAGUAAAGAAUGUGUAGGUGGUACGAAUACCUACGAUAGUAAGGGCCAAUGGCUGGUAAUGCAAUAAUGGAUUUUAUUGCCUUGCUAUUCUCGCGUAGUGUAUUUCUGUUUGUACAGAAAGACUGCCUUUCAAAAUUUGGGGGACCUGUUUUCCAAUCUGAUUCUUUUUUUUUCCUCUUUCUUUUUAAAUUCGCUUUGUGAUGGUUAUUUAAGUCUUAGCAGGUUCCUCUAAGUCAGAGGUAUAUAAUCUGAGCUCCUAAGGCUUCCUGUGGCUCCUGAAACCCUGAGCAAUUCCUUGUUUUUUAACACAACAGGGAGAAAAAAAACACACAAGGCACUGGAAACAGUGUGAAGGGACCUGAAUUGGUUUCAUGUGGCGGAUUUGGGGGGGGGGGAAGAAAUAAAUAUCAUGCGGGAUGGGAGACCACCAGGAAAUUUUAGGGCCCCAGACUUAGCCCAGGCUAAGUCUGUGGCUGUAUUCUUGCCAAGAACAUUAUAUGGAUUUUGCCGCCUUCUGUUCACCCAGGGCUCAAAUCUGUCCCCAUCGAUUCUUGAACGUAUCUUUUUGGAUUGUCGAUAAAAUCGGAAAGGCCUGCAGUUCGAAUCCCUAGUACAGGUCGUCUGCCUGAGCAGGGGGUUGGACUAGAUGACCUCCAAGGUCCCUUUCCAACUCUGUUACUGUCACUGUAACCAACUCUGGCUUCCUACCAAAUUCCAGAUUUUUUUGGGGGGGUGGGGGGUGUUGUUUGCUUUUUUGUUUCAAUUGCGCAUCAAAUGAGAUAGAAUAGAAUGACAAAAGUUGGAAGGGACCUGGGAGGUCUUCUAGUCCAACCCGCUGCUUUCGGCAGGAAACUCCCUACACCGCUUCCGACAAAACGGUUAUCCGAUCUCUUCUUUAAAAACUUCCAGUGUUGGAGCAUCCACAACUUCUAGAGGCAAGUUUUUUUUUUCUAUUGAUGAAGAACUCAAGGCUUCUUUCUUAACUCUAGCUUCCAACAAAAAUCAGGGUUGGUUUUUUUUUUUUUUAAAUUUGGUUUGUUCGCUUGUUUCAAUUGCACAUCCCCCCAAAAAAUCUUCCCACCCAUCCUGUUUUGGUGUGACCAAAACAUUUCCUUUGACAGUGGAAUCUGCUGUGUAGAUAACCACCAUGUGAGUUACUCAGAUUUAUUUAUUUUUUUCUUCUAAUCCCUUUGGUCCCUCCGCGCAUAUCCUACAACGGGCGGGGCCUGGUGGGCUCCGUGGCCGGAGUCUUCGUUUUUGUCCACGCAAGGGGGUCACGCAAUCCCUUUGGGAUCUGACCCUUGCCGAAAAAUACCCAGCGGUCAAUGGCGGAGACGACAUUCUGGAAAUUGUCUCUUUCGGCGCCUUGUGUUGUUCUGUCAACAGCACUACUCAAGCAAGUGGGAAAACUUUUGCGAGAACCGUGGUACAGGAUAAAUACCGAUGUUUCUAUUCUGCUGCGUUCUAGAUGUACGUGUUUAAAAAAAAAUGUUUUUUUAAAUUUUGAAUAAUAUGGCUUGUGACAAGCUUCGGAAAAUGUUCCCCAGCUUCCUCGCGGGAGCAGAAAUUGGAGGCUUUGGUGUCUCCAAACUUUCUGCUUCCUCUCGCACAACUCCACAACAGCCCCGCUACCCUACUCUUCCUUUCGUUGUCACAUUGUUCGAAUGGUGACAUCCUCUCAGUAUUACGCUGCCUAUGUCGGUAAAAGCGUUUCCUACGAGCCCGUUUGAGGGUUGCAACCCUCCAAAUGUCAUUCAGCUUAAGCCACGCGGUGUUCAAAAUGUGGGACUUGUUGUAUAUAUAUAUAAAAAAAAAACCACGCGCCUGCAAGGUUGCGCAGGAAAAAAAAAAAAAAAAACAACCCAACAACAAGGCCACAAUGCAAUCGGACAGGGUUUGCUUGUCGAUUUUGUACGAAGCCUGUAAAUUGUACUUUUUCUAAAAUGUUGCCUGCUCCUGUGUGCGGUGUUUUAUCGACAACCUUGACGCCUUUUUGCCGAGUCUGGAUGUGAGCUUUU